AUGGACGGCUUUCAAGCUCCCAGAUCAUCAAGUUCGGGAAUCAAACGCAAGUUUGAAGGCACAAUCUCUCCCGAAAAUGCAAAGAAACCAAAGCCAUCGCCCCUAGAGUUUAUGCAGUCGUCCAUGAGCACAUCUGGCAAAUUCAAAUCGCUUUCGACCAUCAAAGUCGAGGACGAACCAGAAGACGAUGCGCCCGCAGAGGUACAGCAAGAAGAGGAGUUUGCGCCUGGAAAUGAUGCAGACUAUUUCGUUGAAGAGGACGAAGAAGGACGAUUCUUUGGCACAGGUCUUACAAAGGAGCAAAAGGAUAUUCUCAACAUCUUCGAGGAUGGCGCUGAGGGUGCUGUGGCAGACAUAGAGGAACUAAACUUGCCCGCAAUCCGUCGACUUCUCCUCAAGCUCGAGAGAGCUAUCAACAAGAACCAAGACCAGCGCUCCAAGUAUCCAAACGAUCCUACAAAGUUUAUCGACUCGGAAGCCGACUUGGACGCUGCUCUCAAGGCGUUGAUACCCCUCUCACAAGUCCCAGCCCUUGCAUAUCCAGAGCUUGCCAAGAGUGAAAACAUCGGCAUGCUCAUUGGUCUACUGAGUCACGAGAAUAUGGAUAUCGUCAUUGAUGUUGUAGAGCUCAUUGACGAGCUCACAGACGAGGACGUUGGAGGCGAAGAGGACGACGCUGAUCAAGAUGAGUCUGAGCAGAAUGACCGUGAUGCCAGUAUGAAGAUGCUGGCAGAUGCCUUUACCAAGCACUCGUUAUUGGAGCUCCUGGUAUCCAACUUCAGCCGUUUCAACGAAGAAGAGGAAUCAGACCGCCAGGGUCUAUUUCAUGUGCUCGGAAUCUUCGAGAAUAUGAUUGCCCUCAAUCCAUCCCUAGCCGGGCAGAUUGUUGAAAAGACCUCGUUCCUUACCUGGAUUUUGACCCGCAUACAAGCGCCAACACAUGAUGAAAACCGUGGAUACGCUGCAGAGCUGCUCGCAAUCCUACUUCAAAACGACCGAAGCAAUCGUCUGGCCUUCGCAAAGAAGAAUGGCAUGGAGGUGAUUUUACCCGUCCUGGCAAAUUAUCGAAAACGUGAUCCAGAGACUGCAGAUGAAGAAGAGUUUAUGGAAAACCUCUUUGACUCUCUUUGUUCUUCUCUCCAAGAACCAGAGAACAAAAAUCUCUUCACGGAAAGUGAAGGGGUCGACCUCAUGCUCAUCAUGAUGAGGGAGAAACUAAAGGCUCGAAGCCGGGCCAUCAAAGUCCUGGACAAUGCACUAUCAGGAGCGUCUGGUGCCAAGAACUGCGAGGUAUUUGUCGAAGCGCUGGGAUUGAAGCCGCUCUUUACGGCCUUCAUGGGCAAGUCAAAAAAGUCCAAGGUGGAGAGUAGUAUUCUCGCUUCAGAGGAAACCUCGCACGUACUUGGGAUCCUCUCAUCACUCUUUACGAAUCUGGCGUCGGAGUCUCCAGAACGUAUUCGCCUCUUAACAAAAUUCGUAGAGGGUGAUUAUGAAAAAGUAGAUCGGCUUCUCGACGUUCGUGAGGCCGUGGAAACGCGUCUCAGAAUUGUAGACAAGGAAAUUGCAGCGGAAAGAAAGGAAAUGAAGAGAACUGGUGAGGAGAUUGGUGAUAUGGAGGACCUAUGGUACUUGCGACGGCUAGAUGGGGGCCUUUUCACACUGCAAACGGUGGACUACAUCCUCGGAUGGAUAUGCAUGGAGGACGAUGGCAUACGAAACCACAUUUCAGUAAUGCUCGGCCGGAAAAGCAAAGGGCUCAAAGAUAUUGUUGCCGUGCUCAAAGACUAUCGGGAUAACAUUGGCGACACCGAGAACAUGGAGGUGGACAGCACGGAUGAGCCGGUUUCUCGCAGAGAGAUUCUCGACGGAUUGUUAGGAUUUCUCGAAACUUGUGUGUGA